CCACGGAUAGACGGCUCGAGGAAGCGUGGUUCCAGACCACGCUUCUACUUGCUGUAGUUUGGUCUGGCUUUGCGAAACUAAUGGUGGCCUGGUCCUACAACUCUCGUGCUUCAUUUCAUUCGCAGUCUGGACCUACUCAAUUGACAAACGUUAACCUACUUGAAGGCGGGUUUCUGUUGAAGUUUAAAACUAUUUGAUCCCAGUGCCACUCUGGAUCUGCCAUAAUCAAUCGCUAUCGUUUGGUCGGGAAUCACGUGGCACGCAGGCUGUACACAAACCAAACACCGUGUGUGAAGAUGUCCAUCAACGAGUGCUGACUUUAACGUCAUUGUUAUCAGAAUCUCCCUCUGUUCGAUGAUUGGACGCAAAAAAUGUGGACGGAGAAAACCCACCAACAUACCGCAGACCCAGAUGUAGUACUGAAGGGAAAUUUAAAUUGGGCGGAAGUGCUUAGCCUGGCAGAGCCAGGCUAAGCACUAAGCUUAUGGCGCGUUCCAUGCAACCCGUAACCCGUGUUUUCACAACCUUAUACCCGUGAAAGUGCCCGCGAACGGCAGUCAAACCCGCACUUCAUUACUCCUGAACUCGUACCAGAUCGAUUACUUCCACUUCCAGCUUGUAACUUACGGGCCAAAAGUGUCCCUGGAACGCAGCAUUAUUACGUAUUCCUUUGCCUGUGUCUUGCUGCUUGCGGCAAAGAGUCACAUGGCGGACCUUACGGCUGAACACCAAAUUGACCGUAACCGUCGCCUGAAUGGGCUCCUUUGACGGCACUGGGGACCUAUAAAAGCCUGCCUAUCUCUUGGCAACUAGACGCGAGCAUGCUGCAGAGCGGCAGCGGCGACCGAGCACAAAGGUAAUCAAUCCGUCCAUCACUGUCACCGUCACCAUCAACAUCCCCAUCUCCAUCACCAUGGCAACGGACGCGUCAGCCGGGCAGAUCGUCGCCGUGUUUACCGCGUUCGUAUGCGUGGCUCUCCUGCUCCUCGUCGCAAGCCGCCGCCGGAGGCGACCAUCGCGAGAGGAGGAUGAGGAGGAAGGUGCGGGGCGCGGGGUGCUCGUGACCGGGUGUGACAGCGGCUUCGGGCACCACCUCGCGCUGCAGCUGGACGCGCGCGGCUUCGCGGUGUUCGCGGGGUGCCUGUUCCCAGAGGGGCGCGGGUCGCUCACGCUGGCGCAGGAGGGCUCGUGCCGGCUGAGGGUGCUGAAGCUGGACGUCACGAGCGAUAAGGACGUGGAGGAGGCCAAGAGGGUCGUCCAGAUCAACCUCCCCGAGAACGGCCUGUGGGCGGUCGUAAACAACGCCGGGAUCUCAGACUGGGCGGAAACGGAGUGGAGCACCAUCAACCACUACACCAAGAUGGUGGACGUCAACUUGUUCGGAGCCAUCCGGACCACCAUCGCCUUCCUGCCGCUGGUCCGCGCGGCCAAGGGUCGGAUGGUCUUCAUGUCCAGCAUCUUCGCCUUCUUUCACUGCCUGAACAUGGGGGCGUAUAGCGUCUCUAAAAGGGGGCUGGAGGCCUUCGCUGACUGUCUGAGGGUGGAGAUGGCCAGCUUUGGCGUCAAGGUCAGCAUCGUCCAGCCGGGCAACUUCGGCCGUGCAACCAACAUUGUGAAAACCAGGAAGAGCUGGAAUAUCUGGGAGAACCUCACCCCAGAACAGAAGCUUGUCUUCAGCCGCGAGUACAUGGAACUCGCUAAUGCCUACUUCAACACCGUAACGGGGGCAGGGUUUACGGAGGUCAGCAUGGUGGUCGACGCCCUACUGCACGCGGUGUCCUCCCCACGGCCACAGUACCGUUAUCUCCUGGCGUCCUGGCUGGACUCGCUGUUCUUCAGCUGGUAUCCCCUGCUUCCCACCGCCGUGUCGGACGGCAUCUUUGCGUUGAGUCCGAUGUACGCACGCAGGAGGAAGAUGCUGUACUCGAAGCAGUGAGGGUGGAGGGAGAGAGGGAGGGAGAGAGAGAG